UUUGUUUUUCAGAUGCUGUUUCUAGUUUACUUCAUCACUAUUAGCUCAGCUGUUCAGAUUGACCCAACUACUGGACUGAGAGCAGAAUCAUACACCUCAAAUACAGGAAAGGCGUGGCAGACGGUCAAAUAUUAUCCUGCAAAUUCUCCACCGCUUUUCAAAUAUGACUUCCACCAUUAUCCAAAAUACGAGUUCGAGUAUGCAGUAUCCGAUAAAAAGACAGGUGACUACAAACAUCAUCAUGAAUCCAGAGACGGUGAUAGAGUUCGAGGAGGUUACAGUCUCGUUGAACCAGAUGGCUCUCUGCGAAAGGUGGAAUAUAAUGCCGAUGACCAGAACGGAUUCAAUGCUGUAGUAACCAAGAGCGUAAACAAACACGGUGAUAACGCUUUUUCAGUCAUCGGUCACACAAGACAGUUCUUACCCUUUGGAAACGGUAUUAAAAUCAACCAUUUCUUCCCGAAUAAAAAUGAUCACUAUCAAGAAUACAAAUCUGGUACAGAGGAUGUUGAAGAUAUCCCUAUAAAUGAAAAAAAUAUUGACCUUAAACAAGAUGAAAGACAAAAAAGUGUAAAAGAAGAACAAGGAGACAAAAUGAUACAACUUACACCAGUUAUUAUACAAAAUAAUAAUAAAAGUACAGAAAUGCCUAUUGUAAAAAUAAACCCAGUUGAAAUUGUUCAAGCAUUAGUAAUGGAUGCUGUUGUUGAUGAAAAUCAACAAAAAGAGACGGAGAAUAUCACUCAAAUGCCAGUAGAAGAAAUCACUAGCAAUCCUACACAGAGUGAAUUUAGUGACAUGUCUGAGACGGAAAAUUUACAAAAGGAAGAACCACGUGAUGACUCGGAAGUUGCAUCAUCAUAUUAUCAUUCAAGAAUUUAUUACGUAGGUUAUUAA